GUACCUUUUUUGAAAACAUGCUGCCGGACUACCAAAGGUAAGUAAGGUCGUACAACCUGGAAGGUACGGAUGCUACACAGUAAGGUACAGCCCGUCCACGCGGUAAUUUUCCUCGCCGUCGUGGAUCUCUCUGCAUUAUCCGUAUUGUUUUUUUCUUCUUCUUUCCUCGUCAGGGUCAUUACUUUUAUUUCCCGACUUGUGCCCUCUUUCCUUUUCAGAGUUCUUCUCCUUCUUCCUCCUCUUCCCCCUUCCUUACUCUCCAAGCUCAUAUCACCCUGUGGUUCCUUCCUUUCAUUCUCCGUCCUACCUUACCUUGGACUCUGGAGCUGCCUUCCCGAACAGCCCGACAGCAGACCAAUCGCAGGCCUGUAUCGAUCGAGAAGAGAGAGGCCCAGACACCACUUCGACGCCACAGGUACCUCGUCACCCGCUUUUCGCCGUUGGGAUACUCAGGCCACCAAGCAAGUGCAGCAGCUGCAGCACCCACCCGUACCAAUUUUACCUAAAAUCACGGUCCAAUCCCAUCGCGCGACAAGCCGAAAUCGACAAUUUGCCUUUUCCUCUUUCGCUCCCGCCAUCUCCAACAAAUCUCCCUCCAUCCUCCCGAGUGUCCAUCCUCCUCAGUCCUCACUCCUUGCAGUUGCAGCCCCUUGCAGCUGUUACAAAUUCUGCGAGACUUGCUCGGUUCACCACCUUUUGCCGUCUGCAUCUUCUGUUUCUCAACGGGAAACCCCAUUCUUCAGAUUUGCACCAAAAUCCGGAACUCUUCGCCCUGAGCCACUGCAGAGCCACGACCUCUUAAUUGCAUCCUCGUUGCUCUCCUGCGCCCCCCAAACCCCCUUUUUCGCUUUCGCCUCCUCAACUUCUUGCUUCUCUCAAUUUUGCUCAAUCGCAAAAAGCAACCAAGUCGCCAAAGAGAAAAUAAGAAUCCCUCGCACCUACACGACUGUAUCUCCAACCUCCAACUUUCGGCCAUUCAAGCAGCUGCUUACAGCCUUUCCUGGUGAGUACUUGACCGUUAAUUCCAUCAUCAUCAUCAUCAUCACCUUUCCUCCAAAACAAUCCAAUCCGAGAACUCCGGCACCUCGAUAGCCUCUGUUGCUCUCUCAAGCGUCUUGUUAGCGCUUCCUUUGUGUCUUGUUUCGUGCUUCUAUCAAACCGCCGCAAGAGGUCGGAGCGCAUCAAUUCUCGGUUUCGUCAGGAAAACA